AUGCCGGCGGCAAGCCAGCCGGGUCAGGCGGCGCGGCCUACCCUCACGGCGGCAAGGCGUGCCAAGAAAGGCGGCAAGCUCGUCUCCGCCGCGACCCCUGCGAGCCGCACCAGUACUAACGUCAGAUGGUCCGCGCGCAAGACCGUCGGGGUGAAGCGCUCGCCUUCGACGGUGUCCAAGCCAGCGGCAACGCAGCCGGGCCAGGCGGCGCGGCCUACCCUCACGGCGGCAAGGCGUGCCAAGAAAGGCGGCAAGCUCGUCUCCGCCGCGACCUCUGCGAGCCGCACCAGUACUAACGUCAGAUCGUCCGCGCGCAAGACCGUCGGGAUAAAGCGCUCGCAUUCGACUGUGCUGAAGCCAGCGGCCAGCCAGCCGGGCCAGGCGGCACGGCCCACCGUCGUGGUCGCGAAGCCCGGGAAAGAGGGAAAGCUCGGCGGCCCUCCACCCCGUGUGGCAGACACAAGCAGGCUCAAGCCGGCGUCGGUGGUGCACCGUAACACCGGUACUGUUGUCACCAAGAAAAUCUUCGUAAAGGCACGCAAGGACUUGCUCCCACCGUCAGUCUCAUUACCUCGUUCAAGUGGUGCAAGCGCGGCGCCGAUGAUCGCCCCGGCGAGGGCGAUCCGGAGAUACCCGCCCGCAAACCUCUCGCUGGAGCAGUGGGAAAAUAGACCCCAAGCACCGAGGCCGACUAUCGGCGGGUUACGCUUUGGUGGCGAACGCUCGCGUCAACGGGUGCUAGAGCCGGCUGCAAGCCCGGGGGGGGCGUCGGCAAACCCAUGGUUGCAACGGCGUCCCGUUGUGGCGGACGAAGAGCAGGGCGACAGGUUCGGCUCCGCCAUUUCCUUGCGGAGCAUUACCGACAGCUGCAGGCUGCUACCCAUGGCCCGACGCGCCAUCAACAGCAGCAUCACCCGCACCUACUGGAUGCUACCAGUUGCAAGACGGGCAGUCAGCAUCAGCAUCACCCACAGCUACCGGCUGCUCCCGGUGGCAAGACGCGCCAUCAACAGCAGCAUCACCCGCAGCUACUGGCUUCUACCAGUUGCAAGACGUGCAGUCAGCAUCAUCAUCACCCGCAGCUACCGGCUUCUACCGGUGGCGAGACGGCUCAUCGCCAGGGGCGUCAUUAGCAGUCGGGUGAGGCUGACACCGAUGGCACGUCGUGCUACCAGCAUGGCACUCGAGCUGGUUCGGGCAGCCGGGCGCUCCGUUCGCAAUGCAAUGACGCACACUCCAUGGGAUCAAGAACCAGUAAAGCCCUCUUCCCACAGGACUCUCUCGGCGCCUGACCCAAGUGGUGCACCCGCGGCGGCGAGGCCCCGCGUAACCAACUCCGUCUUGUUGCACCAAGAUGAGGCUUCCAUGCCUAUUUGCUUUGGGUGCGGGAUGCGCCGGACUCGCUUACUGGACCAGUACCACCGCUCAUAUCAGUGCCAAGCCUGCCCAAUAGAUUGGUCGGGAGGGGCCAGGGUCCAUCAUCGUCUUCUCGAGGAUCACCGGGUUGCCUCCCACGGGCCCGGGGGAGGUACGACAUCGCCGGCAGUGCCCAUGCCCAGCUUCAUCUUCGGCACGGGCGGUGCAAACGGCGGAAACGGUGCUGUCACCGCUCCUCCGGCCCCCACCGGUGCUUCGGCUAGCGGAGCCAGAGUUGCGACGGCGCCGACACCAAUGGUGGUGGCCAUCCCCACUUCCGCUGCCGCACGCCCACCUCCGACGCCAUUCAUCACCCUUACCGACAACCAACCCGGUGCCCAGUUCACGUUCGGCGGCGGCGCGGCUUCAGCUACAACGGCGGCGGCGACGACAACGGCGGCGACGACGGCCCCCUUUCCCGCCCCGACCCUGACGGCUGGUAGGGCUGCCCCCCACGGGCCCGGGGGAGGUACGACAUCGCCGGCAGUGCCCGUGCCCAGCUUCAUCUUCGGCACGGGCGGUGCAAACGGCGGAAACGGUGCUGUCACCGCUCCUCCGGCCCCCACCGGUGCUUCGGCUAGCGGAGCCAGAGUUGCGACGGCGCCGACACCAAUGGUGGUGGCUAUCCCCACUUCCGCUGCCGCACGCCCACCUCCGACGCCAUCCAUCACCCUUACCGGCAACCAACCCGGUGCCCAGUUCACGUUCGGCGGCGGCGCGGCUUCAGCUACAACGGCGGUGGCGACGACAACGGCGGCGACGACGGCCCCCUUUCCCGCCCCGACCCUGACGGCUGGUAGGGUUGCCCCCCACGGGCCCGGGGGAGGUUCGACAUCGCCGGCAGUGCCCGUGCCCAGCUUCAUCUUCGGCACGGGCGGUGCAAACGGCGGAAACGGUGCUGUCACCGCUCCUCCGGCCCCCGCCGGUGCUUCGGCUAGCGGAGCCAGAGUUGCGACGGCGCCGACACCAAUGAUGGUGGUCAUCCCCACUUCCGCUGCCGCACGCCCACCUCCGACGCCAUCCAUCACCCUUACCAGCAACCAACCCGGUGCCCAGUUCACGUUCGGCGGCGGCGCGGCUUCAGCUACAACGGCGGUGGCGACGACAACGGCGGCGACGACGGCCCCCUUUCCCGGCCCGACCCUGACGGCUGGUAGGGUUGCCCCCCGCGGACCCGGGGGUGGUACGACAUCGCCGGCAGUGCCCGUGCCCAGCUUCAUCUUCGGCACGGGCGGUGCAAACGGCGGAAACGGUGCUGUCACCGCUCCUCCGGCCCCCGCCGGUGCUUCGGCUUUCGUGGCGCCGGCGUCCCUGCCUGGAUGGGUUGGCUCUACCCAAGGCACGGGUGCUGCGCCGCUUCCUCCAGUAGGACUGACCAUUACACAAGGUGGAAUUUCGGGCAGCGUCACUCGGAGAGCCAGUUUGAGCGGGGUGAAACGCCGCCGGUGA